AUGAAAUUCGAGCUCGUCUUUGUCCCGUUCCCUGGAAUCGGUCAUCUCAGGUCAGCAGUGGAGAUCGCGAAGCUACUAGUGAAGCGUGACGACCGUCUCUCCAUCUCCAUUCUCCUCCUCCCCUCCGUUCCCGGCGGCGAAAACGUUUCUUCCUCUUACCUAACAUCCCUCUCCGAAACAUCCAACAACCGCCUCCGCUACCAAAUCAUCUCCGACGAAAACCAACAAACCGCCGAGCCGACGAGGAUCGACAUCCACAUCAAGAACCAAGUGCCAAAGGUGAGAAGCGCCGUCGCGAAACUCGUCGACGACCACUCGAAGCUACCGGACUCGCCGCGACUCGCUGGUUUCAUCGUCGAUUUGUUCUGCACGUUGAUGACCGACGUCGCGAACGAGUUUCGCGUUCCGAGUUAUCUGUUUUACACCUCGAGCGCGGGGCUUCUCGGGCUCGGGUUUCACGUUCAGACGUUGUACGAUGAGAAGAAAUACAAUGUGAGUGAGUCAGAUUACGAAGACUCGGACGCUGAGUUAACCGUUCCGAGUUUGACUCGUCCUUAUCCGGUUAAAUGUCUUCCUCACGGUUUAGCGUCGAAAGAGUGGCUCCCGAUUUUGACCAACCAAGCAAGAAAAUACAGAGAGAUGAAGGGCAUUUUGGUAAAUACGGUAGCUGAGCUCGAGCCUUACACGUUGAAAGUUCUCAACGGCGGUGAUACGCCUCCGGUUUACCCGGUAGGACCGCUUUUGGAGCUCGGAAACCAAACCGGAGAUUCAAAAGAAGAGAAGCAAUCGGAGGUUUUGGAUUGGCUUGACCAGCAGCCGCCGAAAUCGGUUGUGUUCCUCUGCUUCGGGAGCUUGGGAGGUUUUACGGAGGAGCAAGCGAGAGAGAUCGCCGUCGCGCUGGAGAGAAGCGGUCACCGUUUCGUCUGGUCUAUCCGCCGCGCAUCUCCUCCCGGAGAAUUUGAGAAUCUGAAGGAGGUUCUACCGGAAGGAUUCUUCGAUCGGACGGAAGAGAGAGGGAGAGUGCUCGGAUGGGCUCCGCAGAUCGCGGUGUUGUCGAAGCCGGCGGUUGGAGGUUUCGUCACUCAUUGCGGGUGGAAUUCGACGCUGGAGAGUCUUUGGUUCGGUGUUCCGACGGCGGCGUGGCCGUUGUACUCGGAGCAGAAAUUCAACGCGUUUGAGAUGGUGAACGAGCUUGAACUGGCGGUGGAGAUAAGGAGGUAUUGGCGCAACGAUCGUACGGGGGUUGUGACGGCGGAGGAGAUUGAGAGAGCGAUCAAGUCACUGAUGGAGCAGGAUUGUGAGGUGAGGAAGAGAGUGAAGGAGAUGAGCGAGAAAUGCCACGUGGCGGUAAUGGACGUGGGAUCUUCUCAGACAGCUUUGAAGAAAUUUAUUGAUAAUGUGUUUGAGAAUAUUGGUAACGCUCUUUGA